AACGCGCAAAAAACUGCGUCUAAUGAUGUGCUUUUAAGGCUGGUUUGAGAGAAAAAAUAUCGCUCAACCCACCGCAGCUGAGGGUGACAGUUACGCGUUUUAGCCGAAUUAUCUCUUCAUAAAUAGCGAACAAGUGAACUGUUUAUGCGACGUCUGAAUCUUAAAUGGAUGUAAAUCUAAGUGUAUUAAUAGCAGCUUGUGCGCAUAUUCGACUGUUUGGGUUAUGUGAUAGUGGUAGUCAUCAAACUUUCAAAAAAGAAAACAAGAUAGUUUAGUAGUAUAGUUUAUUUCUUCGCCAUAGGAUAUGUGUCAUAGGAUAGUGUGUCAAAAUGACACUUAAUUAUAGACAAUACGAAAGAGUUUUCUAUAGUUGUCUGAAGAAACUAAACAGAUAAAACAGCUAUACUGGAUAUUUCUUGCUUUUUUAUUUUUAGAAAAGAAAACUAGUUUUUUCCUUUUCUCGACUUUAAUUUUUUUUUUCUUUUUUGUAUUAAGAUAAGGACAUAUGUACGAAAACAUUAUAAUUUUUUGUUCAAUAAAAACAAAGAGAGAGAGAGAUGAAUCUAACAUAUCUUCAAGAUUAAAAUCUGUUUUCAAUCGUAAUAACAUAUAACAAAUGAAGUAAAUGACAUGUGUGAGAAAAUUGGAAUUUCUUAUAAACGUAAAGGGCAUUUCCUUUCUAGUAACAAAAAGAGAAUUGAAAUAUGUUUUUCUCUUACGUUUUUCCGCAUUUGGUUAAUUGUUAUGCUGAACGACAUCACUUUCUUUAUUGUUUAAUGAAAAUAUAAUGGGAAUUUUAUCAUGUUUACGAUAAAUAUUUUUAGCAAUAUUUCCUAAGAAAAAAAAACCGUCAAGUUAAGUGCAUACAGUUAAAUUACAAUAUAAUUAUGGACAUUUUUUAAUGUAUUCAAAUAUUUUGAAUGCUGGAAUCGAUUGAACGUGUGCGUUAUAGUAUCGGAACAUUAGUAAGUCACACAAAUCUAUUUGGAGGACUUUGAUAUCAAAUCUAUCCAUAUAGACGUUCUAAGAAUGAGUUAUUAAUGUUUAAUAAAAAAAAAAUAACAACUACUAUAUUCCAAAACUCUUUCAUUAAAAUUUUACGAGUUUUUCAGUAAAGUUAUAUAUUCAGUGUAAGCAUAAAAAGUUUCAUUAAAAGUAUAUUGUUACACUUUAGUUUUAAUAAUACUCAAUACAUCGUUGAAAAGUUGUAAUAAGUUUAUUGUGCCAGAAAAAUAGUUUGUUUUUUCCUAUGCUCUAAGACAUUUCGAUUUGAGAAAGAGCAAUAAUAUAUCACUUUAGUAGAAAAAGACAAUUUUUCUCCAGUCUAUAGUUGAAACGUCAUUUGAAAAAUGACGCGUACGUUAUGUGAAAACAAGUUUGUAAGAAUAAAUGUAAGUCUUCAAGAACAUCUGAUUAUGUGUAUAUGUAGUUUACGAUUAAUAGUUGAACACCAUCUAUUUCGAUCGAGGAUUACGAUAUACUUAAGAGUACCCCUCCCGUCAUUUUGGGCUUUCCGUAGAAAUGCUGUGAAAUCAAAACUGAAACUCAUUAAGCUUUCAUAUUUUCAAAAUUGAUUGGAAACUCAAUGGAACACUUUUUCGUUUUUGUUUCAAGUUUUUAACUAUUGCCAUUCACCAGUUUUCCAGAAAACUCGCUUUGUCAUUGGACCACAUUGUGACCCCCCUCCCCCCUUAAAUUUCAUCCGAUCGAGUUAAAAAUUUUACCAGAGUGUUUAGCGCAGAGGUAUAACUUUGAAUUUUCUUUUAGAUAUUUCUUUACCGAGUUAUAGGAUUUCUAAAAUUUAAAAACUUGGUUUUUGAAAGUUUUUCGGUAUUUUUCCUGUAAUUCGGUAAAGCAAGGUCUACAAGAAAAUUCCGAAGUUAUACCUCUGCGCUAUGACCUUGAGUACCUCUCGUAAAAUUUUUAACUCGAUCGGAUGAAAUUUAAGGGGGUCGUAAUGUAGUCCAAUGAAACCGGGUAGCAAAAAACUAGUUUUCGAGAAAAAAUGCAUUUUGUACGCAGGUCACGUUUUUCAGGGCAUUUGCCACGAUGCUUACAUCUUCAUGAAAACUCAUUGGAAAAUUCUGGAAAACGAAUUUCUAGUUUUUGCUAAUAUCGUUCAAUUUGUUCUGAAGAUUUACAAUAAAGACUAAAAACAAUAAAACUCCCAGUCUUUUAGAAACACUUUAUCAAUUGGAGCUAAGGCAUGUCCGUUGCAUUUAGCAAAAUAGUAUUCGUGAUUAUCAACAAUCAGUAACAUCUUUAUCACAACACGAACGGAAUAUAACAGAAGAUAAAUCAUGCACUUUUAUCGAAUUUUUACAAGAUUCUUGGACAUUAAUUCAAGCAUUAUUUGUUCGUAUGAUUUUCAUAUUAUCAUCAAUUGCAGCUGUUUGGCGUGUUGUCCGAGACACAAAAGAUGAUAGAUUUUGGUACUUAUUAUUAUUGUUACUUUUCCUAGUAAUAGAAAGUUAUGUCACGGUUUAUGGCCGAAAAGGUUAUGAAUACAAAUGGUUUUGUCCGUCAGCGUUCGCUUACUUAAUCACAAUUGUGCCCUGUAUCUGGUUGCUUGAAUUACAUCACAGUGAUCAUACGUCAAAAUCUGUUUAUAUUAGUUUACAUUCCCGUAAUGACUCUGUUAGUUCGUCAAUAUUACUGCCAUUUAUAUUACAACCAUCAACAGAGGCUCCUAAUUUAUUGUUCGAUCAAAAAAUUACCAAUAAUCAACUCUUUUUGAAUAAUUACAAUGGAGUAACAAUAUCUUAUGACAAUUCAACAAGUCAAUCAGAUUUUUCUCAAACAUCUGUCAAUAAUAUCAUAGAAGAAGAUUUUAUGAAUAAUGAUGAUAGAAGGAACGUUCAGAUUGCUUUAGGAAUUGAAGAGCUCUUGAAAACACCACAAAAAUUUAUCUCGAAAAUUGACACUCAGUUAUCGAUAGAAGAAUGGAAAAUAAUUACGGAGCAAAUAACCCUCUUAGUUCUUAUCGUAAGCCGAUGGUUAUUGCCAAAAGGAGAAUUAACUCGUGAAGAAUUGUCACAACUUUUACUUGUUUAUAUUGGAAUUGCAGCAGAUAUUAUUGAAUUUUUUGAAGUUUUCAAAGAGAAAAGAGUAUGUAUGAUCUAUAUAUAUAAAGAAGAAA